UUCAGAGCUGGUCUUCUGGGGCAAGAAGGAUGAAGAGACUGAAGAUUCCCACUUUCCAAAUUUCCGAAGGGGUAGAUUCCAAAGGAGAAGAGGUGAUGAGAGCAAGGCCUUUGGUGGAUGUUCAGAGAGGCGGGGAGAUUGGGGGAGGAGGGGGGCAGGAAGCCCAUGGGGAGAGUAGCAGACAGGAGGAAGCUGGAGGUGUCUGUCUUCCCUCCCUGCCCCCAUCAGUGUCCCAAAUCACCCACCCCCCUUCUGUUCAGCUCCCCUCUGCAUCCCUGGUCAGGCGCCAGAAGGGUGGACGCCACGGGCCAGUUGUGUGGAGGAGAGGAAGGGAAAGAUCAUGAUCUAGCCUCCUGUCCACUUUUAUCCUCCAUUCUCACUUCCUGCCAGGGCAGAAAAUAGCCCUGCCCCGCUGACUUAUCUCAGCAAAGCAUGGUGCCCAGCCCAGCUCAGAGGGCAGUGGGGCCGGUCCCAGAGGCCCCAGGGACACAAGGCAUCUGGGCCCCGGGUGUGCUUGUGGCAAGCUGAAAGACGGAGAAGGCGAGGAGGAGAGUGACCACGCAUACUCUGGUCUCCACUGCCCAUGAGGCUGUGACCAAAGGCAACCCACUGCUCCUCACCUUCCCCCAAGCCGGCUGCCUUGCAACCACAACCCACAUGCCCAUGCUGAACCUCCGUUUGCUCUGGGGCUCUCUGUGCAGCCCCCAGGCCCCGGCCCCGGAGACUGGAGAUGCACCGGAUGCUAGGAUGCGGGUGCGCCCCCUGAUGCCCCCAGCCUAGCUUCUCGGCGCACAGUGGCACGAUGCAAGCCAACUCCUCGGCCAACAAGUCUCUUCAGGCCGAGUGCCCGGACUACCAGCCCAUCCAUCAUUUGCAUCUGGUGGUCUACAGCGUGGUGCUGGCGGCCGGGCUCCCCCUCAACGCCCUGGCCCUCUGGGUCUUCCUGCGCGCGCUGCGCGUGCACUCGGUGGUAUGCGUGUACAUGUGCAACCUGGCGGCCAGCGACCUGCUCUUCACCCUUUCGCUGCCCUUGCGCCUGUCCUACUAUGCGCGGCACUACUGGCCCUUCCCGGACUUUCUGUGCCAGCUGGCGGGCGCCGUCUUCCAGAUGAACAUGUACGGCAGCUGCAUCUUCCUGACGCUCAUCAACGUGGACCGCUACGCCGCCAUUGUGCACCCGCUGCGGCUGCGCCACCUGCGGCGGCCCCGCGUGGCGCGGCUGCUCUGCCUGGGCGUGUGGGCGCUCAUCCUGGUCUUCGCCGUGCCCAUCAUCCUGGCGCACCAGCCCUCGUCCUGCGCCAGAGACGGCCGCGACGUGUUCCUGUGCUUCGAGAGCUUCAGCGACAAGCUGUGGAAGGGCAGCCUCCUACCGCUCUUGCUGCUGGCCGAGGCGUUGGGCUUCCUGCUGCCCCUGGCGGCCGUGGUCUACUCGUCGGGCCGCGUCUUCUGGACCCUGGCGCGGCCCGACGCCACGCGGAGCCAGCGGCGGCGGAAGACGGUGCGCCUCCUGCUGGCGAGCCUGGUCAUCUUCCUGCUGUGCUUCGUGCCCUAUAACGUCACGCUGGCCGUGUACGGGCUGCUACGCGGCGAGGUGGUGUCCGCCAGCUCCGAGGCGCGCAAGAAGGUGCGCGGGGUGCUGAUGGUCACGGUGCUGCUGGCCGGCGCCAACUGCGUGCUCGACCCGCUCGUCUACUACUUCAGCGCCGAGGGCUUCCGCAACACCCUGCGCGGCCUGAGCGCCCCGCUCCGGGGCAGGACCUUGGCCGCCAACGGGGCUCAGGAGGCGCUCGCCGAACCGCUCACCGAGACGGCCCAAGCCUCUACUCUGACCGCCGCCAGUCAGGGGAAGCUCCGGCCCUCCGACCCCCGGUCAUCCUUCACCCCGUCCCACGAGGAUUCGUCCUUCUGAACGCACAGUCGUUCGUACCAGAGCGCGGUCCCCUCGCCCCCGCUCCCGCGCCUCUGGCACUCUCAGACACGCCGGGGUGUGCACCGGGGGGCGGUAGGGUGGGCGCUGGGACUUAGGAGUGGCAGCUCCCACUCCCGGAUGCAGAAGAGAACGAAGUGUGGGGCCCAGGGGCGCGCGGAAGGAAGAGCGCCGCUGGAAAUGUCUUUAACUGGGGGUGAUGGUGAGCCGCGGAGGACCCCUUCCCCAGCCCCUAGAAAGUGUUGCCAUGAACCUGCCCGUGCAGAGGCAGGAGGCUGGAUGAAAUGCCAUUGGCGGGCAGGAAACGCGGCCCACAGCUGGUAGAUGGAGCAGAAGAUGGGUGUCCUGCCUUUAGACCGACCACAGCAGACCUAGGGAGUCUUAGGAGGCUCCGCCUGCCCAGCACUGAGGCAUAAUAUUAAUAAUACGAAAGCGUAUUGGAUGCUCACUGAAUUGGUUUCCUUCUUGUCUAGUCACUUGAAACAAUUUAAACCUGACGUCCAGCAUGGAUAGUUGGGGGCAGGGAAAAAUUGAGUUAGAAGGAGUUUUCCCUCCAAGUUCUUGGUCCCUAUUCCCCUUUCUGGGUCCUGCCUUCUUCCCCCUUCAAGAUCUCCUCCAUUCUAGGUCCUCAGUUCUUCCCCCUCUACCUGGCGCCGCAUCUGCUGCUUCACCUAUAAUACAAUAAGGAGAACAUUCUUGUACUAAAGUAACAGUUCUCAGACUUGUUCGUCUCAGACCCUUUCACACUCUUAAACAUGGAACAUUCCAAAGAACUUUUGCUUAUACUUUGUUCUUUUGAUACUUAACCAUACUAGAAAUCAAAAAGAAUAACUUUAAAAACAGAAAUAUACAAGCACGCAUUCCAAUAGCUGUGACAGCAACAGGGUUACGAAGCCUCUGGGAAAUUCCAUCAUCUCCUUGUGAGAGAAUGAGUGAAAAGGACAAGUGACAGAUUAGUAGUAGUAUUAUGAAAAUAGUUUAGACUUUCUCAAAGAGUCCAUCCCGAGAUCAUGCUUUAGAACCAUACCUGUACUGAAGUAUUAGCGUUUGUGUAACUUCUUCCCGGGCUAUUACAUACAUUGUUUUUAUUAAUGCCAGGGAAAGAGCAGUGCUCAAGUCAAUUGUCAGUUGUAGUCUGUAAGGCUUGCAGCUUCUGGGGGUGGGGAUGGGGCAAAGCAAGUAGGUGCUCUACCCCAGUGGAGCACUAUCUGGGGAUCCUGGAACUGCAGCAGGAGGUGGGGGGUGGAACUAGCUACACAAAUACUCAGGAGGAGGUGGGGUGGGGGUUUCUCUGGGCAGGGAAAAGGGAACAGAACAAGAGCCAGGCAAGAAGUUUACAUGGAAGUAAAUCCGAUGAAUGAUGGACAGGAGGGCAGGAACAGGGUGACUGCUCUUAGCAAGCUGGAAGUAAGGAAAUGGAAGUCUGGUUUACCAGCCACCUACUGUUUCCUUCCUUCUUGGAUGGAGUCUGGGCUGGCACUGUGUCAUCCUAAGUGAAGUUGCUCAGUCGUGUCUGACUUUUUGCAACCCCAUGGAUUGUAGCCCCCCAGGCUCCUCCAUCCAUGGUACUCUCCAGGCAAGAAUACUGGAGUGGGUUGCCAUUUCCUUCUCCAGGGGAUCUUCCCGACCCAGGGAUCAAACCCAGGUCUCCCGCAUUGCGGGCAGAUGCUUUAACCUCUGAGCCAUCAGGGAAUCCCUAUGUCAGCCUAAGACCCUGACAUUAUUAGUGAGAUUAGCAAGGGAGUUGGUGACAUGCUCAUGUCCUGCAUGCAUUUCUGUGUCUCUCAGUGCUGUAUGUUUCUGUGUGUGUGCGUGUGUGUGUGUCUGUGUGUGACUGUCAGAGUUUCCCAGGCUGUGCCACUGUGUGUUUUAGUUCGGACUAAGCCUUUUGUGUCUUUACCUGAGUCCUCCAGAUAGUGAUUUACAAGAGUAAAAUGACCCCUGGUGGCCAAACCGGAGAAAUGACCCAGCAUCCUCCCUGAGAGCCGUGAAGCGCAGCUUUCCUCCGUCUGGUCUGAGGUUAGCAGCCUUCUGCUGCUCCAGAAGAGGCCUGGUGGUUAGCAGGUUAGCACCUGCUCCAUCCCUUGCUCCAUCCUUAGGGUUCAGCCCUUCCAGCCUUGGGGGCACCAAAUGUCAUCAUCAUCCAAAGUCUCAGCAUUUUGCCCUAUCCAAACUGAACUCAACAGCUUUUAAAAAUUACUUGAAUUUGUUUGCUUUGGCCACAUUGCAUGGCUUCCAGGAUCUUAGUUCCCCAAACAGGGAUCGAACCCAUGUUCUUGGUAGCAAAAGCAUGGAGUCUUAACCACCGCACUGCCAGGGAGUUCUCUAUUUAAGUAUUUUUAUUAUGCAGAUAAGUGGAUGAAUUCCAAAGCAAUUAAAGCUCACAUAGCAAAUAUCUUCUAACUUACUAUAUAAUUUACUUAUUUAUUUAUUAAUUAUAACUUUUACAGUUUAUUGUCUGUCUCCUCUUCACCGCCCCCCCCCCCCAAAUAGAAUGUAAGCUCCCUGGGGGCAGGGAUCUUUGGUUCUCUGAUGUAUCCCCAGCAUACAGAACAGUGUCUGGCACCAAAGAAGUUCCUAAUAAAUAUUUGUUGAAAUGAUGAA